AUGGACAUCAGCGACGAAGUUCAAUAUGGACUGAAUCGGCAACUACCAAUGUUAGCGCUAGAGAGCGCGAUCAUCACCCACAGUUUACCUUAUCCCACCUCUCUGAGCCUUCCGAAGGAAUUGGAUGAGAUAGCUAGGGCAUCUGGGACUAUCCCAGCUCAUAUAGCAAUCGUGAAGGGGCGAGUCAAAGUCGGUCUUACAGAUUCCGAUCUAGCCAUUCUCGCCGAUCCCGAACAGGAUCCGAAGCAGAGGUGGAAAGUGGGCCGCCGAGAAUUGGCGGGAGCAAUUUCUCAAGGAGUCAAUGGCGGUUUAACUGUUUCCGCUACGAUGAAGAUCGCACAAAUGGCUGGUAUUAAGAUCUUUGCUACGGGUGGUAUUGGUGGUGUUCACCGAGGUGCUCAAAGUACGAUGGACAUCAGUUCAGACCUCACAGAACUUGCUAGGACCCCAGUGGCAGUAGUUUGCGCUGGUGCAAAAUCUAUUCUUGACAUCGGCUUAACUUUGGAAUACCUUGAAACCUUGGGUGUCCCAGUUGUGACGGUUGGCAGAUCCACCGAGUUUCCUGCCUUCUAUACCGCCCACUCAGGUUAUCACGCCUCCAUGAAUUGCGACUCGGUUCGAGCUUGUGCCGAUAUGAUACGUACAUCCGAGCUUUUGAAGGUGGAGAGUGGAAUCGUAUUUGGUGUGCCUAUUCCCAAGGAACACUCUAAAGAUGGCGAUAUAAUCCAAGAUGCCAUUCAACAAGCAGUACGAGAAUCAGAAGAUCUCAAGAUCAAUCAGAAAGGCAAAGAGGUCACUCCUUGGUUACUUCAGAGGGUAAACCAAUUGACAGCAGGUCGAAGUGUUGUAGCCAAUCUGGCUCUUAUUCGCAAUAACGUGGCCGUAGCUGCUCAGAUAGCUAAAGAGUACCAAAGCCUCAAAUCUCACAGCCAGGAGAAAACCGCAGGCUCUUGUUCGGUGUGUUCUUGA